AUGAUGCAGCCUGGCAAGCCCACAGCGGGUGUCCUCCAGAUUCCCGUGGCGGCCACACAGAAGUCGGGCUCCGGAGCACCUCCAAAGAAGGCACCCAAACCCCCCGCUCCACGUCUGAAGCUCCUGAUCCGACGUCUACCUCCUGGAUUGACUCAAGCCGAGCUUGAGGCUGCUCUUGGAGACGAAUGGAAAACCGGGGCAGGAAAGGUCGAUUGGCUUCAGUACAAGCCUGGCAAAGUGUCCAAAGAUCCUGCCAAGCCUUCCCGGCCCUCGCGAGCAUACAUCCAUGUUGUAUCCACCGAACAUGUCACAACACUUUCGGACAAGGUGCGCCAGGAGUCGUUCCAGGAUGCCCGGCACACCUCCAACGAUCCCAUUCUGCUUGGACCUCCAUCGCUGGAGUAUGCAGCUUAUGCCAAAACCCCCGGAAGCCGCUCCCGCAAGGAUGCCCGUCAAGGCACGAUUGAUCAAGACUCGGAUUUCAUUGCGUUCCUCGAAAGCCUAACUCAGCCUAUCACCAAGCCGGCCCCUGUCGAUUCAAUGGCCGAUGUCGAAGAGAAGAAGAAGGAGUCUGUUAUGACUACGCCGCUGGUGCAGUACAUCAAGGAUAAGAAAGCAAGCAAGUCGAAGGACGGCGGCUCCAAAUCCUCCAAGCACAGCCGCGCGGAGAAGGAAUCAAAACAGGAAAAGGUCAUGGCGAAGAAGCUUUUGCAACGAACCGACAAAGAACCCAGCUCAACCUCCGAAAAGAAAACCAGGGGAGAGAAGACGAGCAAGGAAUCUACAAAGACAACCAAACAAGCAGCCGCCAAUGCCAAGGCAGGGAAAUCGACUGCUACAUCGAGCGCUACGAAGGAAAAUCCCCCGGCGCCAGAGCGCAAGAGAGAGCGCGGAAAUGUUGCGGUGGCCACUAAAAUCCUUCAGCGCGACCUUGGACUUCCGACCUCUGGAGGCCGACGGCGCGGCAAGGGUGGUGCCGCUGAUACUAGUUCUCCCAAGAACGAAAGCUCUCGCGAUUCCGCGGCUCCGUCGGUAGAGAUGUCCAAGAAGGAAUCUGCCAAAUCUGCCAAGAAUGCAUCUACUUCUACAAAGCCUCAAGAUGAAUCAGCCUCGCGAGCAUCCGCAGCCAGCCCUGCGCCGUCCACGAACCCAUCUGCCAAAUCUUCCAAGGGCAGCAAAGCGAAACUAGCCACCGGUCCUGCGCCCACUGCGACACAGGCAUUCCUGAAGCACGCCAAUCCCUCGCAGGGUGUCACUGAGGCACUAUUGGAGGCCGCAUUCAACCCGUUCGGAACAGUGACCAAGGUUGAGAUUGACAAGAAGAAAGGAUUCGGGUAUGUGAAUUUCGCUGGACCAGAGGGACUUCAAAAGGCCAUUGCCGCCAGUCCCGUUUCAGUCGCCCAGAGUCAAGUGGUGGUGUUGGAGCGCAAAGCCAAUCCCCAUCCCGGUGCAGAGAAGUCUCGCAAGGGUCGCGACACACCAGCACCCAGCGCCAACAAGGCCAAGGCUGGUGAAGGAGCAGGAAACAAUGCCGGGUCUUCACGCGGGUCUCGUGGAGGACGUGGAUCGCGCAACAAGGGCUCCAAGGGAGGCAACGGAAGCAGUGCACCUUCCGAGAAGACAGGAGGAUCAGAGGCCAACUGA